AACACAGAAUACGAUCCUCCCCUAGCUGAAUCACAAAAUGUGCUAAUCAGGCCUGACAAUUCAAUCGAACCGGAUACACUGAUUGAGCGACGAGACUCUAAUCAUCCAAUCGGUUCGUUUGACUUCUUUUCUUCAUCGAAUCCCUCCACGGGAUCGCCUGCUGCUGCUGCUGCUGUUGCCGCAGCCUUCACACAUUUGGCUUCUACUGGGCAGAUAGAUCUCGCCGAUCUGAUGAGCCGUUACAGCGAAGUUAGUCUGACAACAGGUAGUGGAACCCCUACGUCUACUACGGGAACCGAUGGCCAUCAGGGUGAUAGUGUAUCUUCGGGGCCUAGCGCAGGUGGAUUUAGGGGUAGUGCUUACUUUCCGAUCCCAAUGGGCCUUGUCAAGCGUCGCGGUCGGGGUGCAUCUUCUGCUUGCUUAAUGCGAAGUGGUCAACACGAAUGGAUCCACUACCCCGGUCAUGGAAAUUCUGGUGAAGACUCUGCUAGCCUAUUAAAUCAGCCGCCUGUGGCGCACAGCAAUACCUGUCCGACCUCGGUUACCAGAGCAGCACAUUCAUUGCCGCUCCCGCAUGCAUUGACUACUGCUGGAAUAGACGCCGGAUUACUGGCCAGUCAUCUAGUUAGUGCGUCAAAUGAGCUAUCAGCGCCGUCUGGCACCGCAUCACCCGUCGCUUUAAUCAAGCGAAAGCGUGGCAGGCCACGGAUCCACGAGCGACCCGAUCCGUCUACUCCCAAACGCAGGCCAGGACGUCCGCCGCGCUCGUCUUCAGGAUAUCCUACCCAGCUAGUACCCUUUCCGACGGGUGGAAGCAGCUGCUGGCUUAAGCUAGAUGCCGAAAUGGUGGGCCAUAUUGACGGAGAGCAAGCCGAUCUAGAGCAUGAGCCAGAACAAGAUAUGGAUCAAGAUGUUGACCAAGAGGAGGAGACUGACAUAAGAAGUGACGAAGUAGACAUUGUACCUGCUGCCUCAAUUCCGACCAUACUGCCAACUAGUCCAACAAGAACAGAAGUUCCAAUCUCUUCCAGCUGGGUGGAGAGUGAUAGUAGACCGACUGACAACAUAGCUCUAUUGGAUACCACUAAUCAUCUAUCGGCAGUUGUGGUUGCUGCAGCAGCAGCUGCUGCUUCCGGCGCUAAAACAACUAUCUCUACUUCUUCAUUUUCAUCUUCGUCCUCCACCUCGUCUUCAUCUUCAACUUCCUCAAUGCUCCUUCUUUCAACGCGAGCAUCGGAACCUCCAGCCGCCGAGGAGACGCCUCAAGUAUUACCUGUUAACACUCCAGUUAUCACAGACAAUCGUGUCUCUGCUUACGCUCACCAUUCUGUCGAUCUAAUCAGCGAUAACAGCAACACUAGCAUCAGGAAUGACCACCGUUGCACGAUGCCUCUCUCUAACUCAUUGGCUCCUCAGUUAGGACCCGAGUUCCCGCCUCCAAAGCUGUCUCAAUCUGAUGCUAAUACCAGCCUCGCAAACAAGACCACCUCAGCUGGUGAGUUCCUUUAUGGAAACAUCGAAUUCCCAAGUCCGUAG